GCGUGUGUUUUUGUUAUUGUUGUAGGUUAGUGGAACAGCUGAGAGCGAAGAGACAUCGUUGUGCAUCUUUAAAAAACGUUGAAUCGUUUUCUGACACGGAUGAACUUUGUCUGCCUUUAAUCUAAAUAGGGACGGCUCAAUUGGACAAUCUGCAGAGCAAACAGACCAGAAUAAGGUACUCACCAGUGUUAUUGUGUUGCCAUGGAGAAGGCUUGGAGGGUGGAGUUUAGGAACGUGGGUAGUAGCUACUUCCCUCAGAGCCGCGUGGAGUGCCACUACAGUAUCAGCUCACAACAUACCUGGGCCAGCCAUGACUGGGUCGGACUCUUCAAGGUGGGAUGGUUGUCAGUAAAGGACUACCACACCUUUGGUUGGGCCCUGGCCCCAGAAGGCUACCAGGAGGGCACAGAUGUCAACUGCUGUGUUAACUUCCAGGCCUCCUAUCUGCCCAAGUCCAGUUCCCAGCAGUACCAGUUUGUGUACGUCGAUGGGAAGGGAGAGGUGUGCUCUACCAGCUCCCAGUUUACCUUCAGCGCCCCUAAGCCUUUGGAGGACCUGGUCACCCUGGAGGAAGGAGCCCACGGAGAGGAGGGGGGGACCGACAUGCUUCUGGUCGUACCCAGGGCCGAGCUACUGCAGAGUCGCCUGCAAGAGUGUCUUCGGGAGCGAGCCGAGCUGCUCCAUGCACGGGAGGCAGCCGAGAGGAUGAAGGAGAGAGAGAGGGAGAAGUACAGGAGGGCAAGAGAGGCGUGGGACAGAGGGUGUGAGGAGCUGGAGAGGAACAUCGCGGACCUGAAGGAAGAGCUGCGAGAAAGCAGAGACAGGAUGGAAGAGAUGGAGAGGAGGCAGGAGGAGGUGGAGGCAUCAGGGGAGGCCUUGGCUCAAGAGAAGAGUUCCAUACUGACUAUGAAAGCAGCCAGCGAACAGCGAAUCAGAGAGCUGGAGGAUGACAUUAAAGCCCUGGCACUGAAGGCUUUGGAACGAGAGACUGAGCUGGAGCGGAUGAAGGAGAGGGCCAAGAAGCAAGCAGUUCAAAGGAGGGAGGAGGAGAAAGAGAGGAAAGUUCUGCAGCUCAAGCUGGAGCAGACCGAGGGGGAGCUGCGCAGUCUGUCUGCUGAGUUCCAGGGUCUGAGGAGCUCCCUGGCCCAGAGAGACACACACGCCCUACAGCUACGGGACACCAUCACCACCCUCACAUACAGGCUGAGUAUGGCACAGCGGAAAGAGGCGGAGAGCGAGGUCGCCCUGGCUGAGAUGCGGGGCCUGCGGGAGCGUCUGGGGGCCAGCGAGCGUUGUGCUGAGGGCCUGAAGGGAGAGCUGUGUGCCCUGGUGGCUCAGAGGGACCAGGGCCAGACAGAACUGCACCAGGCCAGGCUCCAGGCGGCACAGCUCACCCUGCAGCUAGCCGACGCCAGCCUGGCCCUGAGGGAGGGCAGAGCACACUGGGCCCUGGAGAGACAGAGCCUGCAGUGCAGCACUGAGAAGGCCAGAGAGCGUCUGGAGAAGCUAAAUGGAGAGACGCAGCGGAUAGAGAAGAAGCUUCAGGAGGAGAGGAUGGAGAGAGAGAAGGUGGAAGUGGAGCUGGGAAGAGAGAAGGACUGUAACCGGGUGCAGCUGGGUGAGACAUGCAGGGAGCUCCAGGAGCUGAAGGCCAGUCUGAGGGUGGCCCAGAAGGAGAAGGAACAGCUGCUGCUGGAGCAACAGGACCUGAUGGAGUACAUGGGUCAGGUGGAACAGAGGAGGGAGGCUUUGGCAGAGGCCACGUGGAGCGCUGCGGUGUUCGCCUCCACCAGCCUCCGUGACAGUCCUCUGUCUGACUCUGAGGAUGAGAACCCUGAGGCCCUGCAGCCCUCCCGCCAACACUCCAGGCAGCCCCCCCCCUCCUCCCGCCCCCUGGCCCACUACAGCCUGUGUGACCCCCAGGCCCAGCCUGACUCCCUGCUCCCCUCCACCCCCCCUUCCUCCCCCAGAGACAUGUCCCGGUCCCUGUCCCGAGGGGGCGUCGUCAUCAGCCAGCCCGCUCCCCUGUUGUUGCCCAGGCAGUCGGGCGGAGACACCCUAACACACAGCUCUGAGUCGGAGGAGGAGGGUAACACCGACCAGUGCGGAGGACACAGCUCUGGAGAGGAGACAGCCCUGCUGCUGCCUGAGACCACAGACACAGUCCUCAGUGACCUGGCUAAUACCUCUCAGUGGUAGAGAGCGGAGAUACAGGACCAAGUCAACAACAUCACUGUCAGUGUGUUCUUUACUUUUAAUUCAGUAUUCAGCGCACAAGCACACACACACACUACAACUCACCUCUCCUCUGACAAACGAUGUUAAUAUGCAAUUUGCUUCUACAUUUUCUAUGAACUUCUUCUUUGAUGUGUGACUUCUAGGCUGUUCUGCUGCACCUGUACAUAACAUGGUCCUAAGAAUGACAUAAUGCCUGUCAUAACAGGUCGUGACAGCUCAAAUCAUAGUUACGACCUCUCGUGUCCGUUCUAAAGCGUGAAACGUUUAACAUUUAAGUCUUAGUUAGAUGUUUAAUAGUUCAUGUUCCAUAGCAGGGUUAUUUCAGUUGCAGGAGGAGUGAUGUUGGGAGCUUUAUGACCGGUGUUAUGUCAUUUUUAUGAUGCCGUUAUUAUGAGGCAUCAUGACAGCCACUGUAAUUAAGAUAUUUUGAGUGAAUGUAUCUGUCUCCUUUUAAAGUCUAAGAGUUGAUUUGAACACUUCCGUCGGCGCGACAACUUGAAACACUUCCGACUACUGUAAUAAUAGUCAUUAAAACGUACUUAGACUUUGUUCGAAGAAUCAUUGUAAAGUACAGAUACAUAUAAUGUUUUUCCUCCUUAUAUUCAAACCUGAGAUGUUAUUAAAUAAGCAUUUUCUGUUAUUCAUUAUUAGACAUUUAAAUUCUUGCUUCAUUAGAGCUGUUGUAGUACUAGUUGAAAGGACACUCAAAGAUAGAGAUGCGUCCAACAUGGGGAAGAACUGUUGAAAACCCUUCUGAAAAGGGUGGAAGUUUGAGUUGAGUGGGAGGGCAGGUUGAAUGUUGACUGGAAGAGACAUUUCUGAAAGGUGGUUGCUACUAAUUAGGGCAAGAGGAAUGACAUUUUGAUGUUCUCUCAUGUUUUAUUGUUGCACAAUAUAUUUUACUUCCAAUAUUCUAUCCUCCGCAACAUAAAGCUUUUGCUCCUGCAUGCUGGUAGCUGUAGAGCCACUGCAAUACUUUCAUACAUGAUACCAGAUUUCAAUCGUAAAGCAGUGUGUUGUUUUAAAGCAAGAAUAAUAUGUCUUUAGAAGUCCCAGAAGAUCAUUAGUAAUGCACUAGAUUCACUGUACGUGGUAUACAGAAAGUAUCUGCUUCAGAGGGAAGAAGCCAUUCUAAAUUUGUACCUAAAAGAACAAAUUGGUAAACGAAGGAAUUUCAUCAUAACAUAAUCAAAUUUAUGGAUACUGACGUUGCAGUACUUGUUGGGGGUGUUGUUCUUAUAGCUCAUGGAAGACUGGCCUGGAAUAGAUUACUACUGGGUCAAUAAAUACAUUUUUCAUGAUUUUCUACCAAUACUCAGCUUGUGUUAUAUCAUAAUGAAAUUAUAUCCAGUUUUAGUUUAAGCUACAGAGUUGAUAUGUGUAAUAAGAAGAAAAUACUAAAGCUAGGGUUUAAAAGCUUGCUAAUGAAGAAUAAUGCGCCAGGGACAACUUUGCUUGGUCGACAUGUAAUUGGUUGCACUUGCACCUGUUAUUUUGCUACAGGAGAUGUUUUUGGGAACGAAACGUUGAUUUUCAUUUCACACAGUGAUGCUCGUCAUUAAUCCUGUCUAUGUUACGUCGUCUAUCAUCAUUAUCAUAAUCAUUACCACCGUGUGUUGUAUUUCCUCUUUUUUUCAUACUCAUUUCUUUUUCUUUCCCUGAUUUUCUGUCUGAAGGUCAAUUUAACUGUAUUAUCUAUCACGACUGUGUGGUAAGGUUUGAAGAGUUAGUCCAAAGGGUAGAGGUAUUGGUGCCACUAUAUAGGACAACAGUUUGUUCACACAUGGGUUGUAGCCAUAGUGAAAGUCUGUAACCUGUUGAGCUAUACCGGUAGUGUAGUUUAGUACUACAAAUCUGUUUGCUACCCUGGGUGGGUGAUUUUGACAUCCUGGUAUGUGCACCAAAAGUUCCGUAGCACUGAGAUCUAUGGUUUUGUAGUCGUCAUUCUAGAUUUCUGUGGGAAGUUCUAUGUCUAUGUCUACUGUGAGCUACGUGGGUGUAUAGUGUAACUUCUAUUCAGGACAGCUACCUACUCUCAUUGCAAUAAGGCUCCAGUGGUUUUCUGGUGUGUAUGUUUGUUUGUUGAGGUCAUCUUACUUAUAUAAAGUUGUUAUUGGUAAUACUAUAUACUGUCUGUUCGUGUGGGUGGGUUUCUGUAAUAAAAUAAACAUGUAUGUGUAUCAA